AUGCCGAGCGAUGCAAAGCCUCAGAGUAACAACGUGAAGAACACCCAGAGUUUCUUUGCAGGACUAUUAAGGAAGAAGCGCCUUCUAGGGACGGUUACGCUUGUUGGCAUCUCGCUCUUCUUAUUAAAUCAGUUCACAAGUGGAAGUGUCACAUCAUGGUUCAAUACAACUAGCAAGCCGCAGAAGUUUGACGAGUUUCAGGGCAUGCUCUACUAUCUCACUAAAUCUACCGAACUUCUACCUGCUAAAAUGAACGGAUCCGAAUGGGAGGCGCGUCUCACUGCGAUGCGAGCACAGUAUCCAGUUAUAGUAUUCAGCAAGACUUAUUGCCCGUACUCAAAGAAAGCAAAAGCUAUACUCGCGGAAUAUGCACUGAAGAAGCAGCCCGUGUUCAUUGAAGCCGACCUCAGACCGGACAUGGCAAAGAUUAAGGCUUUGCUUCGCCGACUUACGGGCCAGGACACGUUCCCAAAUGUUGUAGUCAAUGGCAAGUCUCUCGGUGGCGCAGACCGUCUUACAGUUUUGCACGAAAGUGGGAAAUUGAAGAAGAAAUUGAAAGCGGCUGGUGCGCUCUGA